CUAGUAAUAUUAUUAGAGGAAAAGAAAGUUAAGUGUUGGGUGCAGUAAUUGUGUUGGGAAGAAAAACUGUAAAGUUGCUAACGAGGAAACGUAACAUCAUCGUGCAGGAUCACCAUGGAUCCCCAAAACAGUGGAGGAGGGAACCGCCUUCCCAAAAUAGCUGCAUCUUUGAUUAUGCGCGUCGCCUCAGAGAGGGAACCCAGCUUCACUGUGCAAAGGGCAAGCUUGAGGCCGUCUCCUAAUCCACCCACUUUACCUGACCUUGAAUUUGGGGAUUUUCAGUACUCCACAGAGAGAUCCAGGUCCAAGACCCCUGACUCCCUGGUUCCAGCUCCUUCAGAGGAGUCCAGUCCAUCUGGACUGCAGUCGGUGAGAGGCCAUAUGCUGACUUCACCAACCUUUGUGGAGGAUGAUAAUGACUUUGAAGAGGAAUGCCCCUCUUUUGAGAGCCUGAGCAGCCCUUCUGAAGGGGAUGGCUUUUUACCAGGUCGGGGCAAUACAGCUGUGAGCUCCCCUAAAAGAGGAAAGAGGACUGGAGUGAGUUUCACAGACUGGCACAAGAAUCGUGUGGCAGCCCUGUGUAGCGAACGCUUCGACAAACUGCUGAGGGAAUGUCCUGAGUACCGUAGCACUAAAAGUUGCCUUGCUGCUUUUGUCCUGGAGAGAGAGGUGACUGACACAGGAGGGCAGUGUUGUGAGCAAUAUGAAGUGGUGGCACUGGGCACAGGGGAGAGCUGCUGCAGUGGUUGGUAUUGUUUUACAGGCUCAAUCGUCCAUGACUGCCAUGCCAUAGUCAUUGCACGCAGAGCCCUGAAAAGAUAUUUGUAUAAGCAGCUCAUGUUAUUCUACAGUUCUGAGCCAGAGCUUCGAGAGCGCUCUGUAUUUCAGAGCACUCCCAUAAAGCUGCUGCUUCAGCUCAAACCAAAGAUCUACCUACACCUCUACACCAACAAGACUCCUAAAGGGGCAGCACAACACAUAAUGAAGUCCCAUAGCAGUGGCUACCAAUCACUGAAGCUGCAAUGCCAUGCCAAAGGCUCUCUGAUUCCUGCUGCCUUCCUGCAUCCCAGUAUCUGGGGCGCUCGCAUCUGCUGCAUGUCUGACAGUGCAAAACUCACUCGCUGGACUGUCACAGGAGUUCAGGGAGCACUGCUAAGUCACUUCAUUGAGCCAUUGUACAUCACCAGUGCCAUUCUUGGUGACACUAGCCAUUGCUCUGAUAUAGUGUCUGACACCAUCAACAAGCGCCUGGGGACUGGUCUGAAAGACGUCCUGAUUCCUUCAUACCAACAAACGACCAUCUUCUUCCAGAAUGGAGAGAAUGUGGAACCGGGUAUAAAUGCCAACCACUGCAAAGACCUCAGUGUUAAUUGGUGUCUGGGAGACUCCAGCAUUGAGAUUCUAGACAGUACAACUGGAUAUGCUAUCAGUGGCUCUCCUUUUGUCAGUGGACCUGGGUUUACCAGUAGACUAUGCAAAAGAGCACAGUUCUACAGCUUCAGAAAAGUUGCAAUGCUUUCUGGUCAACAAGAGCUCCUGUCAUUUGUAAUCUACCACGAAGCCAAGCUCGCUGCCCACUCGUAUCAAAAGGUCAAAGAUAUGGUGAAACAGCAGUUCUUAACCAACAUUGCAGGACCAUGGAACUCAAAACAUCUGGUGGACAGCUUCAGUUGCUGACUACAUUCUUGACUUCUGUCUGUCUUUAAUCUCCAGCAUUAUAUUUUGUUACAGUAAAAUAACUAUCCAGAAUUGAACAAUAGAUAUGUUUCGCCUGUUCUAAAAUUGUUUUUCUAAAACUGGUUUUCUUGUUUUUUAACUCAGUUGGUUCUUGAUUUGUUGUUGUUGCGCUUUCAAGAAAAAAACAACAACUUUAAUUAUACUUGUUUGAAGCAUAUAUAUAAAAAAAUAUAAGUUCAGUCA